GCUAGUUUACGCUUCAACUGAAGGCUAUUAGACUCUUACAAACUGUACGUACUCUACAAACGGAGAGAGACAAACAUUAAUUGUAUAUUAAUUGUAGAAUAGCUCUGAAGUCUCAUAUAAAACUGCUGAAUCUGAGAAACGUGUAAAAAUUCACGCUGUUGCUGGAGCGAGGAAAGCGUUUAGAGCAAAGGUGUGUCGUUACAGUAGUUCAUUUCUGAGUGACAUUGCAUAUUCAGUUAUUUUCUAUUGUUUUGCAGCCUCAGUGAUAUAAUUAUGAAUCGAUCAAACGCAUGGACUUGUGUUUAGACUGUAAAUAAGGCAAUGCACAAAACGGUUUUUCGUUUUUAGUAAACUUAUUUUUACGUUAUAUAACACUGUUAUAACCUGAUAUAGAGUUCCCUUGCUGUUUUAACUAUGAACUCGAUCUGUAUUUUGGUCAAUAAUGUGUUUUUAAAAUAAAGUAUUAAAGUGUUUUAAAAUAACUAUAUAUUAAGCACAGGUACAUGUUAUGUAUAUAACACGGAUUAUUUACAGGCGAGGUGUGCCUCAGUAAGGUCAUCUUGCUUUAUGCCAUGAUUAAUUCAUUAAUCGUCUUUAUCAGUAACUGUCAGGGUGAAAUAUGCCCUUGUUCCGGCAACUUGAGCCCACACCGGAGAGGGAACGACAGAGGAAGAAAAAACAGAAGACUGAAUGGACUGAGGAUGAGGACGAACCGUCCACUCUGAUUGGCCUCUGUCUUCAAAACCUAGCGGAGAACAUGAAGGAGAUGUGGGCAAAAGAUUACGCCCAAAAAUACAUGGACCAGUAUUUCUUCAGAUAUGUCAUGGGUCCAUUCAGCUUAUUACCCGGUGAGUUGUUGGAAGAUCUGUUGUGCAUCCUGUCCUCGCGGAAUUUGUUGACACGCGCUGCCCUGCAUCUCCUUCUCCUCCCGCAGCUGAGCUGUUUGUCCCUCACAUCAGCCUGCAGCCUCGUCAAUGCCAACCUCUGCUCUCUUAUCCAGAUACGCUGCCAGAAUCUUCAGUCUAUGGAUCUUAGUGGCGCACAGAAUAUAUCUGCAUCAGUGCUGUGUGAGCUCCUGGGCAGCCAAAGUCGUCUCCAUUCCCUCUCCCUGGUUGGGACUCAGUGUGAUCAGAGAGUGAUAUCAGUGGUCUCCCGCCAGUGCCCCAAACUGAAACACCUGGAUGUGUCCCGGUGCCUUCACCUCACCCCUGCAGGCCUGCUCCCUCUGGCCUACCAAGAACCCCCUGUCAAGAACACAAACAUCAGCAGCCUGUUAGCUCUGGAUAUCGGUUUAGCAGAAAAUGAGCGAGAUGCAGUAGCUGCGGUUGCGUUUCUCCUGCUCGGCUUACCUGGUCUUCAGAGGUUGGCAAUGGAGGAAUUGGGACAGGCUUGUGUUCUCAUACAGAACAAGCGGUUUGAGGUGACUGAGGAGUUCAGUAGUCGAGAAGGUGCGCCACUUCUUAAAGACAUGUGGGCGAAGCGAACACAGGAAGACCACUUGAAAGACAGCAGUUUACUGUGUGCAGAUGGAGAGGAAAAUUUUACUUUGGAAGCAAAACUAGAUGAAUGUUUGUCAUUAGAGGAGAGUCAGACAGAAGCUAGUGAUAAUACUGAUAUGAAUGGACGAACAAGGACUUCAGGAGAGGGUUGUGAAAAAGAUGGAUGUAGAAGUAGAGCUUGUAAUAAAAGGGAAAGCAUGACGACAUCUCUCAGGGAUGUACAAGGACUGUCUCUGGAUACUUUAGAGGCGGUAGGGAAGAUCUGCCCUGAGCUGCGUGUCCUGUCUUUGGACUGUCUCCAGAGCAAUGUGGAUAAUAAUGUUGACAGCUUUGAACAGGCAGCAGUUUUAGCCAGAGGACUUGGUAGAUUUUCUGGACAGCUAUGCUGUCUUUCUCUACAGUUUUCUGGUCUUCUUUCUGAACUGGUUCCAGCACUUAAAGCCGCAGGCUCACAUCUGCUCUCACUCAGCUUGGAAGGCAUCAGGGCUGAUGGACAUACUCCUCUUUUGGAGCUCAUUCAUGCCUGUCCCAGACUCACAUCUCUUACUAUUCAUUUAGACCCACCCAGCAAUAAUUUGGAUGGAGAUGAGGAGGAGGGUGAAGAUGAAGGCCUUCUUUCCAAUCUACCAUGCAUUCCACACCUCCGCUCUUUAACACUAAAUUUUUCCCUGGAUGAACGGCAAAUAAAGCCUGCGUUGUGUUGGAGGUCUCUGAAGGGAGUGCUGUGGGCACUACUUAGGGGCGCUUCACUCCUUCAGAAGCUCUCACUAAUUGCUGUUCCCUGUCGACUGGACCCUGUGUUCAAGCUUGUCCUUAAUCAUCGGGCCAAACCCCUCGGAGCCCUAGACAGUCCCCCACUGCACUGCCUCAGAUCUGCUAGCCUGAACCGCUCAGAUAUCGCUAUGGAGACUGUAAUACAUAUCGUAAACACGUGUAGGCGCUUGUCCCAUUUGGAUUUGAGUGGCUGCUGGGCAUUGACUUUGAGCAAUAUCACAAAGUUACAAUGCAAAGCCAAAAGGAGGCGCCAUACACUGCAAAUAACAUGGACAUAAAGUGGGGGGAAAAAAAGAUCAUGCUGAGAUUGAAAGUGAGUUGUAUGUCACUGUGUGAUUUUGUUGAUUAUUAUAUUUUUGUCUUUCACAGAUGCCUAGAAUUUCCUGUUUUAUACAGGUAUUACAAAAAAAAUGAAGUGCAAUUACAUAUUCUAUGAAACUGAAAAUAUGUGUUGCUGAUACAAAGAUAAAACUAACCAAAAUUACAAUGUACUGCUCAUAAUCAAAUUUAAAAUUGUCCUUCGUAAUUUUCUAUCUAUAUGUCCACAGAACCUUUGAGAUUUAUAUUUAUGUUUACACCAAAAAGUCUGUGUUUUAGAACCCAUAAAGUAUUGUUUUGGGGUUUUUUUAGAAAGGCACUUUUUCAAUAUGACCAUCUGUUCAUUACGCACUUUGUCAAGUUUUUUUCUUCUUCUUGUCAUGCACUUUGUUAUAAUAAAAUAAUUGAUGUUUCAGUGCAUAGGUGCUAGAACAAGAGCAAGUAGAUGUAUUUAAAAAAAAAAAUCACUUUUUUAAAUCACAGUAAUAUAUUGUAUUACUGAUCUAUAUAUACUACUGAUUUUAUAUACAUUUUAAUGUGAUCUAAACGCUGCUUUCUGUGUGUGUGUGUGUGUGUGUGUGUGUGUGUGUGUGUGUGUGUGUGUGGUGCGCUCUUCUUUCACUGUGGCGCGAAGCCUUCACAAAAAUAAACGCUCAUUGGCCAGUUUA